AUUUCUAGACACUGAAUGUCAGAAGCUGCCGGAACCAAGGUGCUGCGGGAGUUGAAUGCGUCUCGGUCGGAUAUUGUUACUGGACCGGAUCAAGGCCGUUCCGUCAGCAUUUUCAGACCCCCAGGGAUCGCGGCUGCUUGGGCCGAUCUUCGGUUGGCCCGACUGCACACAACACGACAGCAAAGGAUGAACGGAGCUCUGGGAAAGGCGCUGUGUCUGAGGAAUGACACCGUUUUAAAGCAAGCCCUUUCCCUCAUAAGGGUCAGAGCUUCAGGAGAGAGUCCCAUCUGUUCUGCAGGUGGCAUUCUGCUGAGUACCAGUCGGCAUUACAGGUCAAAGCCCACCCAUGGCAUUGGAAGAUACAAGCACCUGGUUAAAGCACAAGAGCCCAAGAAGAAAAAAGGAAAAGUGGAAGUGAGACCCAUUAAUCUGGGGACAGAUUAUGAAUAUGGGGUUUUAAACAUUCAUCUGAUUGCAUAUGACAUGGCCCUGGCAGAAAGUUAUGCCCAGUAUGUUCACAACCUCUGCAACCAUCUCGCCAUUAAAGUCGACGAAAGUUAUGCGAUGCCCACCAAAACCAUGGAGGUGUUGCAGCUGCAGGAGCAAGGCAGCAAAAUGUUCCUGGACUCGGUUCUUACCACCCAUGAGCGAGUGGUUCAGAUCAGCGGUUUGAGUGCUACGUUUGCAGAGAUCUUCUUGGAAAUCAUCCACAGUAAUCUUCCUGAAGGAGUCAAAUUGUCAGUGAGGGAGCACACGGAAGAAGACUUCAAGGGAAGGUUCAAAGCUCGGCCAGAACUGGAAGAACUGUUAGCCAAGUUGAACUAGCUCAUUGCGCCCGUUGCAUGCCAGCACUGGUGACAGCGAGUGUCAGGGAGAAGAGCUUCCUUGGCAGCCUAAGUUAAGCAGGAGACUCUAACCUUGUUGUCAUAAAUUCCCAUCUCCACAGCCAGGAAUGCCUCCUCGCUUGUGUGGAGGAGUGCCUGCCAAUUGUCACCACUUUCCUUAGAGCCAACCCUAGUGUCCUCCACCGAAUAAAAUCUGCUGCUGCUA